AUGUCGGAACAACCAACUAUCAGACUCGCGACAGCGGAAGAUGUCCCCCUGAUCCUGCAAUUCAUCCGCGAACUCGCCGAUUACGAAAAAGCCUUGCAAGAAGUCGAAGCCACCGAGAAAUCCCUUCUCGCGACCUUGUCCUUCCCCGACGACACCCCCAAGCGGGGCUCCGUCUAUACCGCACUCAUCACGCCCCCCGCGACGCCCGAGAAUCCGUCACCCAAGCCCGUUGGCAUGGCUCUCUUCUUCUACAACUAUUCUACUUGGCGCGCAGCCCCGGGUAUCUACCUCGAGGACCUAUACGUGCAGCCCGCGGCGCGGGGAAAAGGAUAUGGGUUUAAGCUGCUGAAGUGGCUGGCUGCCAAGGUACUCGAGAUUAGGGGGAGACGCUUGGAGUGGAGUGUCCUUACAUGGAAUGAGCCGAGUAUCAAAUUUUAUAAACAAGUAGGCGCGAAGGCUAUGGACGAAUGGUUGAAGAUGAUGGUUGAGGGGGAGGCUCUGGAGCGGCUGGCGGAAGGGGCUCUGUGA